UCAACAACCAGUUGUUUUUUUUGCUCGGGUUUAAACAAUUUCCCCUCCCCGUCGCUGUACAUAAAAAAUUAAACAAUCGCGAGCUGCUGCAAUAAUUUACACCGCCUUUACAUAACGCGCAAAGAUGUAACAAGAGCCAGGCGUGGCGAAAAGUGCGAAACGUAUGGCCAAAAACCGUGGCAGCACGAAAUCGGGGCGAAAACGACGAACAGCAAAACGGCGUACAAAAUCCAUAAAUGGAUAAAUAACCGACGACGAGACUCUACGUUCAAUCUGUGUUCCUAUUUAGUGCUUAUUAAUUUUGCAAUUUCCGAGCUGCAAUCAAAUUGUCAAGAUUGAGAUCCCAGCCCAAUGGCAUUGUUAGGGUUCGCACAUAUUGAACCGAAAUCGAUCGCUGAUCUCGAAUAGCCGAUACCGCGGAUAAACAAGGAUAAGAAAAGAGUCCCACCGAUCGAACGCAGGCGGCGACGGCGCUGGAGGAUAACAAUAGCUUCCUGCGGGGCCCUUGGCCAUGUCAUGUGGCGAGAACUGCGACAGCUGCUGCCACCAUCAUCACCACCGACGACGUCGACGUUGUUAAUCCAACUCGGUACCUGCAUUAGUCAUAGGAGGAAUGAGGAUGACAGCCGGCCCAAGGGAACGGCGACAGCACAACAACGAACCACCAGAGAACGAAACAGAAACGGAACCAGAAGCAAGAGCCAACCCAAAGGCGGAAGCUAAGCAGUUAGCUUAAUUAAAUAUAAUAGUGGUAAACCAUGUUCAAGAUUAGGCAGCGGAACUGCAUGCUAAUAGUGACGGCCCUGGUGCUGGCACCCUGCAUAGUUAUCCUGAUGGUAAUGGGACCGGAGCUAUCCACCGAACAGUCGCUGACCCAACGCCUGGCCGAGUGCCAUAUGCGGUUGCAGUAUCUAGAGUCCAUGUAUCGGGCCCGGCAGGAGGAUGUGGCGCUGCUCUCUCAGUACCUGGGUCAAAUACAAAUCAUUAAUGGGAAUGUGACUGGAGCUGGUACGCAGCCGUCGCCGCCACCUCCUCCAUUGCCUGUGAUUAAUCUGCUGGAUGGCCUGAGUCCCGAGGCUAGGCAGCUGCUAAAGAAUGCCUCGCACAUCAGCAGAGGUGGCGGUGGGGCAAAUGGUUCAAUGAUUCGCGGCCAGAACAUACGUCUGCCCAAUGCCUAUCACUUUCUGCCGCAUCUACUGGAUGAUGCGGGAUCCCUGCGUCCAGCCUACUUGCAAAGCAAAGGUCGUACGGAUGUCAGCAUUGUACUGGGAGUGCCCACGGUGAGGAGGGAGAAGCAAUCGUAUCUCCUUGGAACCCUGCACAAUCUCAUCGAGAACAUGAACGACGAGGAGCAGAACGAGACGCUGAUUAUUGUGUAUAUAGGUGAAACGGAUCUGGAGGCCGUGCAACUGAUUGCCCGGCAAAUCGAGGCUAGCUUUGAGCAGUAUUUGGACAGCGGACUGAUUGAUAUCAUAGCCCCGGCGCCCAGUUACUACCCCAACUUUGAGCGCCUUCGCAUCACCCUAAACGAUCCGCUGGAGCGCGUCAAGUGGCGGAGCAAGCAGAACCUGGACUUUGCCUACCUAAUGGCCUAUGCCCACUCAAAGGGCACCUUCUACGUCCAGCUGGAGGAUGACAUCCUAACCAAGCGGCAGUUUAUCACCACAAUGAAGAAAUUCGCCCUGAUCAAGAGCGCUCUCACGAAGCCCGAUCAGCCGGCCUGGUUUGUCUUGGACUUUUGCCAGCUGGGCUUCAUUGGCAAGAUGUUCAAGAGUGCAGAGCUGCCCUAUCUGAUCACCUACUUCCAGAUGUUCUACAAUGACAAGCCUGUGGACUGGCUUCUCACCUAUUUCAUCGAAUCGAAAGUAUGCCGCACGGACAAGGAUCAAAAGCAUUGCAAUCAGGAGAAGGCCAAGUACUGGCAGCACUUUCGCAAGUCCCUGUUCCAGCACAUUGGCACCAGUUCCUCUCUGAAGGGCAAGGUGCAGAAGCUGAAGGACAAGCAAUUUGGCAGCAAGGUGCCGCAGUAUUAUGCCCACACCCAUAAUCCCCCAGCCUUGGUCAAGUCCAACAUUGCUCCGUACAAAAAUUACAUUCUGAAGCGUGCCUAUCGCGGUGAAUCCUAUUUCUGGGGCCUGCUCCCACAACCCGGUGAUCUUGUCCAGUUCAUAUUCGAACGACCCACCCAGCUGCGUCGCUAUCUCUUCCGCAGUGGAAAUUCGGAGCACCCAUCGGAUAGAUUCUACAACACCACCGUGGAGCUUCUGCCGGCGGAUACCCUCAGCGAGAACUCGUCCGUUUGGAGUAACUUCAAUACCACCACGGAUGGGUAUCUGGUGGUCGGUGCCUUCGAUAGCCUAGGCGUUGCCGAGGGUCAGCUGGAUGUGAAGAUUGGUGCCAUCAAGGAGCUGCGCUUGCACGUGCACAGCGACAGUGAGAAUUGGGCUCUGCUCAGCGAGAUUGAACUGCAGGAAUGGGGGAGUGAUCCCAAGUCGGAGGUGAAUGCGGCGAAGCCCAGGUUUGUGGCGGGCAGCUGAUUGCUACAUCGCCACAGGGAAAGGCAGAUGGACGUCUGGGAGGAUUAGGAAGGAGCUAACAAAAGAUCGCUGAUCGAAUCCGCUUGCCCAUCCACAAUUUGUCUAUAUAUCUGUCUAGGAAUGUGGUGGAUUUUGUGGACCGAGAAUCGUUGUGAGAGCAGAAAAUUAUAUUUAAAUUUCAUUCAAGAAUUUGAGAGCAGAAAGUUAAAUUAAAUUAUUAUUAUAAUUUAAAAUUCAACAUUCAUUCUUUUUUUGAAAUUUAUAAAUUCAAAAAUGUAAUAAUUCUCAAAAUAUUUUCCGCUCUCUCUACGAUUUCUCAAUGUUUUUUGCAUUCAUCCCAAAAUCGAUCUAUAUGACCUAAUGUACUGUACACAUCUGUAUGUAUAUUUUUUGAAAGAUGCUUUUUACACCCCCCCUCUCGAUUAUAUAUCUAAAUGUGUAAAUAAUCUCCCAGAUAACUCUCUAUCUCUCUCUCUGUAACCUAAACUGUAAGUGAUUCUAGGACUAUAUGUUUGGCUGCUGACUAAACUUAGAUGUCCAAAUGAAUUCCCAGAACCAAAUUUGUUAAGGUUUCUUCAACUCUUGAAUAAACUUUGUUAGUCAGCAGCCAAGCCAAGCUCUCAUAUCCCAGUUAUGGCUAUGUUAUACAUUUUACCCACUGCUUUAGUUUGUUAAGUGUUAACUUCUUUUUAUAUUGGCAGCUAAACAAAAAACGCACAUUCCAAUGAAUAUUUUGUUUUCCUUAUUGCUGAAUCUUCACAAAGAAUCCCGAAGAAUCUCGAACUACACAGCUGAAAUCGAUAUAUCUAUAAAGCAAAUGUUUAAUAUUAGUCCAUGUAUUAAUUGGUUCAAGUAUUCCUCUUUACUCUCUAAUAAUUUAUCUUAAUUUAGUUCAGAUCAUCCAACAUAUAUCCUUGAAUAUGAAGCCAUAAGAUACAUAUAAAGACCUUAAAAUAACGCCCAUACACUUGAAAUAUACAAAGGUCUUUGAUACAUAAAUAUCAUACAUAAACCUA